AUGUCUCGUGAUUUAUCUUUCAUUUUUCUUUUUACUACCUUUUAUUCUUUCUUUCUUUCUUUCUUUCUUUCUUUCCCUUUUGCAGCCUUCUCUUCUUCCUUUCUUUCCUUCUUUUUUCUGUCUUUUAUUCUUUCUUCCAUUCCUUUUGCUCUCAUGUCUUCUUUCUUCCUUUCCGAUUUCCUUUCUUUCUUUCUUUCUUUCUUUUCUUUUCUUUUCUUUUCUUUUUGGUGUCCUUCCCUCUUUCUUUCUUUCAUUUUAGUGUCUUUUCUUUCUUUCUCUCUUUCUUUCUUUUUUGCUUUCCUUUCUUUCUUUCCUUUUUGCUGUCUUUCCAUUUUGUUGUUUUUCCUCUUUCUUUCUUUCCGUUUUGCUGUUCUUUCUUUCUUUCUUUCUUUCUUUCUUUCUUUCUUUCUUUCUUUCCUUUUGGUGUUUUUCCCUCUUUCUUUCUUUUCAUUAGGUGGCUUUUCUUCUUUCUUUCUUUCUUUCUUUCUUUCUUUCUUUCUUUCCUAUUUGCUCCUCUUCCUCUCGCUACGACGAGGUGACUGGCGCCAACCGAAUGUAUCACCUCACAAGAUAAAGACAGAUCGGGUUAGUGUACCCGAGACCUUUUCUACAUUUUCGUUCUUUACUUCGUCAAGUUAUUUUUUUAAUGAUUUUUUUUCUCUUUCAAUCUCUAUUCUCUUUCUUUUUUAUUAUCUUUUCUUUCCCUCUUUAUUUUAUUAUUUUUUUUGA